CUCUUUCUUAAUUAACCACAUUUACUGGACCACAGAUCACCUUCAAAUAUGUUUUAGUUAGUACUUCAAUAUGAUUAGGUAUUCAUUUUGCAUAAAUGAGGAAAGUGUCCAUUCAUAUCACUCCUGAACUGGAAGUUUCAGUUAUACGCCUUAACAGCCCUGUAGAGAUGACUGUUUAUCAGGCUGUAACUAAAAAUAUCCAGAAUGUGUUAGUAAAAGUAGUGAUGACAGAAAGAAUUCGGGCCAAGUUAAACUUUAAGCAUCACUAACUACCAAUGGAGUGCGACCGCACCAAUGACCUUGAGACGCUCACUGAGCAUGUUGAUGAAACCUGCCAAAUAAUGUUGUCAUCAUCAAUAAAAUAUGCUCAUCGAAGUGUUAAGCUAUUAAAUGAGAUAUCUGGCAAGUUACAGCUUACGUUUGGGAAAGAUUAAGUUACGGUUUAAGGCAGGGACAAGUUAGGGUUAGGUUAACCUAAUAAAAGCGACAUUAGGGUUGGUUCGAGUUAGAUUACAGUUAGUUAAGUGAUAUUUUCAUGUUAGGGUUAGGUUCAGGAAAGAUUAGGGUUAUUGUUAGGGUUAAAUUACUCUACUGAUAUAAGAAUAGAACUUGUGCACUGUGGUAGAGUAUAAUUUCAUUGUGAGUAAAAUCUAUUUUGAUAAAUUCUCACUAUAUUAUACAGUAACAUUUACUGAUGACUUUUCGAACACAGUUUAUUGCCCAGUAUAUAUUACUGUAUAACACCGUGAGACUUUAUCAAAAUAAAUUUUACCCACAAUAGAAUUAUACUCUGUUGAUAUUCCAACCUAAAACUGAGAGCUACUUUUAUCACAUGUGAGAGAAAGGUAUCCUCUGUAACACUUUUAUACAGUUUUUGUGCAUUUCUUUUAUAGAUGUAUGUAUUCCAUACACAAAGUGCCUCCUUCGCGUGACUGGUGCGCUCGAGGUCAUUUGCUGAUUGGUAGUUAGUGGUGCUUAAAGUUAAACUUUGCCGGAAUUCGUUAUGAACUCAAUAUGUCAGAAAUUGAUUAGAUAGUAACAAUGUCCAUAUAUCCAGUUGUGGGUUACUGCAUAAGGUUAUGUGAUAUUAUCCAUUCGUACUCGUUGAAUUAUAGAGAGCACAUUCCCCCCACCCCCCGUGAUCAACUGGUUGAGAGUCAAGUACUGAGCCCCAUGUAUAUCACAACGCCACAUUUCAAAAGAAACAAACUUUAAUUAGAGAGAAAAAAAGUAUUAUUGAAACCUUUUUUUUCUUAUGACAAAUAUCGUCUCUUUAAUAUUUCAAAAAAUCAAUAUCUAGGAUAAAAAUUUAUAAUGUGUUGUUAGUAUUCAAGUGGUGUCAUUUCCUGUUCAUCUUUGUUUGUUUUGCAGAAAAUGAAUCAUAAUACUUCCGUUAGUACGGAAAUUUCCGCUCCUAAUUCUGACAGUGUUUCGGUAACUCAUUCUGCAAGUUCUAUUACUACUACUCAUCAAAGACCAGCAUCCAGUGGAAAUCACUUACGACGAACACUGUAUCAUCGGCGUAGAGAUUUCUCCAGAAAAAUAAAAAAGAAGGCUUCUCGAAUCAAUCGUCAGACAACUAAGCAUGAAGUGAAACUUGUUCCAUGGACACCUGGAGAUGAUUACUUACUGAUAAAUUCUGUUGUCAUGGUAUGUAAUCUUACUGAGGUGUAUCAUACUGUAAGAUUUGCUGUGCACUAUACAGAGAAAGAAAUAGAAGCCCGUUGGCGUGAUCUAUUAUUCGAUCCUAUCGUUUCAAGCACAGCAUUAAAAGCUAUUGAAAAGCUUCCACCGUUUAUAAAAGCCCAGUUGGACAGACAAAUACCUUUUACUUCACAAGAAGAUAAUAUUAUAGCUCAGAUCUCCUUCUUAGAUGUAUUUCCAGAUGGCGUGCUUAGACCGCUUACUACUUAUGAUUUGAAUCCGUCUAUAUUUACAGAGGUUCUACGUAAAUAUCCAUCAGUUUUCUAUAUUCGACGAGAUGCAUUUGAUUUAUACCGUCAAUGGUGUCGUUUUUACAGCUGUCAUUGUAUUAGACCAGAUGAAGAAAAAUUAGAAACAAAAACUGAAGAAAUAAGCUCAUUUCUGGUGAAUCCUUCUCCGUCAUCUUCGUCAACAGCAACAACCGUAGGAAUAAAUUCAAUGAAUCGUGACAUCACAUUGAUUCCGAAAGACAUUAGUCUUUCCACUUCUAUACCGCUAGGUGAAGAUCCAGAGAGUUUUUCUGAUACCGAAUUAUUAUUAGAAGAGACAGUGGCAAAUGCUGUUACAGCUGGAAUUAGCAAACUCACUGAACAGUCGACAGUAGCACGUAGACAACGUAUGCUCAAUCAAACAUCCUAUCACGGUUUUCAAGGUCUUGUGACACAAACCAUCUUAGAGGCAUUGAUCAAAGAAUCUUUAUCUAACCAGUCAAGUGAUUCAGGCAUACAGUCUAGUCCAAUUUCAGUAUCAUCUCAGUAUUCCUUGUUGACUUCGAGUGGAUCACGAUCGACAGAUUUAAAAUCAUCAGCAGCAUUUGAUCAGAGUUGUUCAGCGCCACAAGAGUCGUCGAGUAAAUCCCAUUCAUCAUUUAUCCGCCAGUCAUCUGUACCUUUUAUUUCAAAUGAGCAAGAAUUUAAUCUCAAUCGUCGACUUGAACUGUAUCGACGUCGUGGACGUCUUUGGGCACGUUUACGUAGAACUAAAGAAGAAGCUAGACGUUGGACACAUUUAGUUGAAAGAUGUAUAACCAAUGGACUGGAGAUAAUGAAUCCACAACCAGUUUAUCCAGUUUUAGCAACUCUUACAGGAUCUAGGACAAAAUAUUUAAUCAAAGAGAAAAAGGUUAUAUUUGGUCGUAGUUCGUUGCUUUAUCAACCGUAUAUUGAUUUAUCAUAUGAAGGUGAUAGUGCACGUGUAUCACGUUGUCAUGGUCAAAUACGCUUAGCCGAUGAUGGAAUAUUUUGGUUAGCUAAUUUUUCAUCACAUGCUGUUUAUGUUGAUGGUAAUCCUAUACUAACUGAUGAAGAGGUGGAGUUACGAGAUUUAGCCACAGUUCUAGUCAGUCAUAUAACACUUCGAUUCGAUGUCAAUCAUCACUAUGUGAAGUGGUUGUGUAACAAUGUUGCUUAUGAUAUUGAUGAUGAUGAUGAUGAUAAUUAUAAUAACAAUAACGAUAGUAAUACUAAUAGUAGUAACGAUAAUAAUAACAAUGAUGGUACCCUCGAUGAGGCUGUACUUGGUGGUGGUACCGUUAAUGAUGCUGAUGAUGACGCUAAUAAUAAUAAUAAUAAUGACAAUAACAUUAAUGAUAAUAAUAUCGAUCAUCACAGCAGUAUUAGUACCCUUGACGAAAUCGUAGUUAGUGGUGGUACUACUACCGGCAUUAACAAUGAUAUUAAUAAUAAUAACAAUACCAAAGGUGAAGUGAACACACCGGAAGGAUUAUAACUCAAUUGUUUUCAGUGUAUGACAGAUUCAAAACAGCACGUGGGACUGUUACGCAAUAGCUGACCAGUAGAUUUACAUCACAAUGACUGCAAAUUGCGUGAAUUAUUCAGAUGAAAAGAAACUAUUAUUUUUGAUAUUUGUAAAUAACUUAGUACUGAUAUUUUUGUAAAUAGAAUGUAUAUAUAUAUAUAUAUAUACAUG